AUGAGCUCUUAUUUCGUCAACUCACUGUUCUCCAAAUACAAAACCGGGGAGUCCCUGCGCCCCAAUUAUUAUGACUGCGGCUUUGCCCAGGACCUGGGCGGCCGACCCACCGUGGUGUACGGUCCCAGCAGCGGCGGCAGCUUCCAGCACCCGUCGCAAAUCCAGGAGUUCUACCACGGACCGUCGUCGCUGUCCACGGCUCCCUACCAGCAGAACCCGUGCGCCGUGGCGUGCCACGGGGACCCGGGCAACUUCUACGGCUACGACCCGCUGCAGCGCCAGAGCCUGUUCGGCGCGCAGGACCCCGACCUGGUGCAGUAUGCCGACUGCAAGCUGGCGGCCGCCAGCGGCCUGGCCGAGGAGGCCGAGGGCUCCGAGCAGAGCCCCUCGCCCACGCAGCUCUUCCCCUGGAUGCGCCCGCAAGGUGAGCCGGCGGCGGCGGGGACUGACCGCAAGCGAGGUCGCCAGACCUACACCCGCUACCAGACGCUGGAGCUGGAGAAGGAGUUCCACUACAACCGCUACCUGACCCGGCGGCGGCGCAUCGAGAUCGCGCACGCGCUCUGCCUGACCGAGCGCCAGAUCAAGAUCUGGUUCCAGAACCGCCGCAUGAAGUGGAAGAAAGAAAACAAGACCGCCAGUCCAGGCACCACCGGCCAAGACAAGGCGGAGGCGGAGGAGGAAGAGGAAGAGUGAAGGACAGAUAAGGUGUAGAAGAGGAAAAGAUGAAAGAGAGAGGAGAGAGACAGAGGAGAGAAAGAGAGAGGGAGACGUGUACAUUCAUUCACACUCUGGGAACUGAACCAGGAAACUUGACUCAAUGAGAAGGGGAAAACCCCUAUUUCAGUGGAAAGCAGUUUCUAAAAAUGUCUAGAGAAGACGUGAGGAAAUUUGGGGUUCUUAACACUGAAAAAAUAUAUACUACCUAUAGGAAAGUUGGUUGGGGUUGUUUUUGUACGAUAUGUGAAGGACUUUGCAUUCUUGUUCUGUAGCUUUCUGGAAUUUACCUCCCCUUUUCUAUGUGGCCAUUGUAAAGUCUUUGUAAAAUCCUGCUGGUUUGUAAGCCCCUGUUGAUGCUGUCUUUGUUGAUUGUGGGUCCAGACUAAAGUGUGUGGUUCUCGCCUUUCACCUUCUGGGUAGCAGCCCCCACUCCCCUCUCCAGGGGCCUUAGUGAGCCCUACGGAAGAUUGUGUAGCUCGCGUGUUCCCACUGUGCGCCUGCCUGCUGCUUCCGCCAGCCCUGUGUGUUCCUCUCUACGUUCUGCGUGUAGCUGAAGGGUGGAAAAAUAAAGCAUAAUUAAAAAUAAA